AUGGCGGCAAAGAAGAUCAUUGCCGUGUUUGGGGCCACUGGCCAGCAAGGUGGUUCGGUGGUUUCCGCGAUCCUUCAAGAUGCCAAACUUUCGAGUGAAUGGUCUGUUCGUGCUGUGACCCGGGACACCACGAAAGAGUCCGCCAAGAAGCUCGCGGCCCAGGGCGCCGAGACUGUCCAGGCCGAUUUAUCUGACAAGAAGUCGGUCGUCCAAGCGAUUGCUGGGGCUGAGGCCGUGUUCGCCGUGACCAACUACUGGGAGUCCCUGAAUGCAGAGCUAGAGGUCAAGCAGGGAAAAGACAUUGCCGAUGCCGCUAAAGAAACUGGCGUCAAGCACUUGAUUUGGAGCUCUCUCAUGGACGUCAAGAAAUUGACCAACGGCAAGCUCCCCCACGUCUACCACUUUGACGGCAAGGCUGCGGUGGAGGAGCAUACCCGCUCUCUUGGCAUCCCCGCAACCUUCUUCAUGGCAGGCUUCUACAUGACCAACAUUCCCGGCCAGGCACUGCGCGCCGACCCCCCCGCUCACGUCUGGACUCUGGCGUUGCCGAUGCCCGAGAGCGCACCCAUUCCCGUCUUCGAUAUCACCGACACGGGCAAAGUUGUCAAAUCCAUCCUCCAGAACAAGGAAAAGGUCCUGGGAAAGCGGGUGCUGGGUGCUUACAAAUACAUGACGCCGAAGGAGCUCCUCGAGGAGUUCAAGGCCAACAUGCGUCUCAUGGACGAGGGCGGCUACUACGGCGGUGCAUCUCUGGACGAGUCGCACGCGCUCCUCGAGGAGCCUUUGACGAGCUGGAAGGAAUUCAUCGCUAAGGCACCGGCAUUCAAGGAUCUGAUAGACACGCUGGUCUAG